AUGUGUCGUCUUUACGUUCUCUGCAUCCUCGGCCUUGCUGCUGCCCUUCAGGUGUCUGGCACCUUGGCAGAUGAUCAGCCCUCUGAGAAAGCGGGUGCCAUUCGGGCGACUUCAGCAGAGCAGACCGAGAUCGUAAACAAGCAUAACACGCUGAGGAGGGGGGUCAAUCCUACUGCCAGCAACAUGAUGAAAAUGAGCUGGAACAAAGAGGCUGCAGCCAAUGCUCAGGCAUGGGCAGCUACCUGCUCCAUGCAACACAGUUCUUCAAGCUCCAGAGAGAUUAGCACCAGCGGUUGUGGGGAGAAUCUCUACAUGUCCAGCUCCAAAAACACCUGGUCUAACGCCAUCCAGACCUGGUACAAUGAGGUGAAGGACUAUCGUUAUGGUGUCGGAUCCACUAAUGGAGGCGUGGUGGGACACUAUACACAGGUUGUUUGGGCUAAGUCCAACCAGGUAGGCUGUGCUAUGGCCUACUGCCCCAACUCCAAAUACAAGUACUUCUACGUUUGCCACUACUGCCCACCAGGAAACUAUCAGUAUACUAAUCCCUACAAGUCAGGACCCUCUUGCGGUGACUGUUCCGGCGCCUGUGACAACAAGCUCUGCACCAAAUGACCAGUAUAGCAACUGUCCAGAGCUGAAGCAGCAGUGAACCUGCAACCAUAAAGAUGUGGCUUCUUGGUGUCCCACCUUAUGCAAAUGUACCAAUCAG